AUGGCCCGAUAUCUCAACCCGGCCAAAAUCGGCCUUCUCGCCCUCGUAGAGCUCUAUGUUGAAGACGCCGUGCCGAGUGAUGCUAUCUUACCUGUGCUGUCUUUUGUCACUUCUCAUCUCAUGGACUACACUCCUUCAAAAGCUUCCGCCGACCAGUCCGAGAGAUGGAGCAAAGCAGAGCGCACUGUUGGGCUCGUCAUCAGCAUCAAAGAUUUCGAAAAACUCCUCGGAAGCUACCCUUUUCUGAUGGGUAUGCCUGGACGAAGAUUAUGGGACCAGUUCCUCGGCAAGCUUUGGGAUAUCAACUCCUUAGAUGCGCUCCACAACUUCUUUGACAACUUGUCUGGGAUGCUGGCCAAGACAAAGGAGGAGCGAAAGAGACUGGCUGAAUUGGGCCAGCCCGUAGAAGAGGAGGAAGGCAUCAAGCUCUCCCCAAACUCUCCUUUUGGAACAUUCGUACGGAGAGCAAGACUUGAAUACCAACGACUACAAUUUCACGACUGUACAGAGUUGUGGAAAAACUUUGUACGAUAUCGACAACCAACUGCCUCUUAUCUGAAGCGCAAAAUCCCCGGAUUUGGGCGACUGAGUUUUGACAACGUUCUUCUGAUGGGUGAACAAGAGGACUGGGAUCACCAGAGUGUCAUGGCAUUGGCUUCAGUGGCUUAUGGCGACAUGCUCACAGGAGACCAGAGCGGGUCACUCCCCGUGAGCACCGACGACAUUGAGAGUCUCCUGGAAUUCCAGAUCGAGCAGAUGCAGAAAUUUGGCAACAGAGUACCUCUCGAGAUCCGCCAUCAGUUUCACGACCUACUCAAUGAUAGUUACCUUGUCCCCAGUCUGACACACUACCUCAAGUUUCUUGACUCAUGGAGAGCUGGGGAUUAUCCCACUGCAUUCGAUUAUCUUCACAGAUACUUCGACUACACUAUGCAGAAUCGAGACCGUCUGUUUUACCAGUACGCUCUGAUGAAUCUUGCUGUCCUGCAAGCCGACUUUGGCUGCCACAAAGAAGCAGUGGCUGCCAUGCUCGAAACCGUUUCGACAGCCCGAGAGAACCGCGACAUGACGUGUCUCAACUUUGCCUUGAACUGGCUCUUCCACUUUGGUCGUGCACAUCCUGACCUUGUCCACAACCUGGAAUCUAAUAGUAUGCUUGGUACGGGCAAAGAAAGCUUGGCCUUUCUCAGAGUCAAGGCCAAGGAGACAGGCAUGUGGACAUUGUGGAGCUCGGUUCUGCUCAGCGAAGCCAAACUCGGACUUCUCAACGGCGACAGUGUGGCCACAGCGUUUGAGUCUAUAGUCCGAAGCUCGCACAUCAUAGUCGAGAGAAACAUGAAGAAUAUGUUUGGCUCUCAUUUCUCGCUCACCUCGGCACUAUGGGAUAGACUUGGGCUAUCGACUCUUUCGUCCGCUACUUGCGAGGUCUUCCUGAGAUGCCAUGCCCGCAACGCCAUAUUUGACGAUGAGCUUAAGCUUACUUGCCGCCUUGCUCUUUUACUAGCAUUGCGUGGUCGUUAUGAUGAAGCAUUAAGCAAAUUGGAACAAUUGGAAGAAAACUCUUUACGAUCUUGGAAACCAAGCCAAUACUGGCACAAGUAUCGAGGAAUCACCAAGCUCAAGAGAGACCUUCAUCAUAACAACCUGGAAGGAGCUGAGAGACUGCUAUCUCAGGUCCUACAAUCUAAGAUGGAUGACCUCGAACCUGACAUGGCAUUUUUGGUCGAUACUCUACACAUCGACUAUCUUACUCGUCGGGGAGACCUGCAAGCAGCUUUUUCCAAGGUCGACGACAUGAUGUCGCAACUCCAAGACGAGAAGAAGGAUGUCGUUCUUCGAGUCAAACUCCUACUACUCAAAGCCUCUCUUCUCGACAAGUGUGGCCGGCCUCAGAGGGGAUUCACAACUGCUCUGCGAGCUGCAAGCAUUUCGUGGGGAGCUCGUCUCAUUCCUUGUCUCUGGCAGGCGAUUGGAUCUGUGUCGAACAUUCUGAUUUCGCUGGGAGAAUUCGAGGCCGCCUCUCAACUUUUGCUGGCUAUCAUUCCUCGCUCUUUAGAGUGUGAGACCGCAAGCCUGGCAGCUCAGCUUUACAGUUAUCUCGCUGAUGCCAAUAUGGGACUUGCUGGAAAAUUCGAGCCCAGGUCAUCGAAACGAACGGAAUACAUGACCAAGGCUCUCGCUGCUAUACAGAAAUCUUUUGACCAUUACUCAAGUAUCGAAGACAUCAACAUGCAAUGUCAAAUGAUGGCGAAGAAGGCUAUGAUCAUGAAGUUAAUGGGGGAUCUAACAUUGGCAGCAGAUUACGCUGCGGCGUACGUAUCACUCAAGAAGACUGCUGAAUCACUCAGUCUCGAAGGGUAA